UGCUGAUGCGGUCGCGCUCACUUUAUUAAGUGAAUGUCCUAAAAUGGUGGGACUGAUUUUGUUUUGGUUGUGUUGCGGAGAGGACUUCGACUGUAAUCUUCAUUGUUGAUCUGACCUAAAACAUGGCAGAGCAUUCAAAAGUUCUUCUUCGAAGACCCUUGCCACCAAGGCUGUUGCCAGCACUGACUCCAUCACCGACGCCUUAUAAUGCACUGCUUGAUCCAGUUACUCAAUUACCAUCCAGAACAGGCGGCACUAAGCACAGUGAAAACCAGCAGUUCAUGUUACCGUGGUAUAAAACAAUACCAAGUCCGAGAAGAAGCUUUCACGUAAAAUCUGUGUGUCCAGAUGUCUUUCCUUGCCGAGCACCUCGAGCUAAACCAAGGCUCCAUUUACUGGAUGUAGUAAGGGAUCACCCUCGCUUCAUUUCUUUACCAGAGUUUACACUAAAUGAUUUCCUUGCAGAUAACAUUUCUCACCCAAUAUUUGAAACCUCAGAUCCACAAGAGAUGUUUUUUUCACGCCAUAACUACCAGAAGCUGAUUAAACUUUUUACAGCUGAACUUCUAAAUAGUAGUCAGGCUGCAGUUAACAUCAAAGAGUUGUCCAGUGACUCUAUUCCAGCAGUUCCUUUAAGAAUACCGGAACGGCAGAUCCUUUACGAAUUAGCUGCACUAAUUAAAGAACAAAUGAAGAUGCGGAGAGUGGCAAAUGAUAUUAUUAAUGAUGAAGCCACAAGUUUCCCAGCCAGCCUAACUAGAGAGCAAACACCUGAGGCUAUAAAUUAUGCUCAGAAACAAAACAACUCACUUGAUCAACCAGUUCCAGAUACCAUUCUUAACAGUGCCACAACAAAGUUUUUCCAGGGCACCAGACGUAGCCAAUCCCCAUUCAACUUUAGUGAACAAGGAGGAACAAUCAGCCUAUCAGAACUUGCGAUUUUAGACUCCCUGGUUCAAGGAGGAGUUUCACUUAAUCUUAAAGCCCACUUUAUCUCCAGCGUUCCUGAUCUGAAACCAUUGGCACAGACAUUAAUAUAUCUGAACCUUUCAUUUAAUGACCUAAACUGCUUUCCAACAGAGGUAUACAAUAUUCGAUAUUUAGAAGUCCUUAAAUUGAGAGAUAAUCCAAUCAAAGAUAUCCCAGCAGGAAUAAGCAAGCUCAGUAGACUCCGAACCUUCAUCAUUUCCUUUUGCUUGUUAGAAACUCUUCCUUCAGAGUUAUUUCUUUUAUCAUAUUUGAGCUUUCUGGAUGUCUCCUACAACAUGAUUUCCAUCUUACCACAUAAUAUUAGCAACCUCAGGUUUCUGGAGUUUUUAAAUGUGGAAGGCAAUGAGUUGGGGGCAUUACCUUGUGGAGCACUGAAACUUCAGCUGAAGCAGCUCCGAAUUUCCAAUAAUUAUAUGCACCACUAUUUCUGGGAGGAAUAUAGUAAGAACCAACCUCAAAGACUCUGUGACCUGGCAGCCAUGAUGUUAUCUAAGAGUAAAAAUUACUCGAGCAGCAAAUUACCCAGUGACAUCAAGCAGAUAUUAAGCAAUGCAAGUUCCUGUGAUUGCUGCAAAGGGCCCCUGUAUGGCACAGGACUUCAUCUCAUUAGACCUUGCGAGAAGAUUUUUGGGAUACGCAGGCUUCCUUUCAUGUUCCAGUGUUGUUCUCCAACAUGCUAUGUCCAGCUUAAAGGAGAGAGUGAAAGUCUGCAAAAGUUUCUUGAUUAACAACUAGGGUCCUAUUCGAUAAACCUCUCCUGAUAAAGACAUUUAUGUUCAAACUUAGCUUUUUAUUUCCUUCAUUUGAAUCAGUGCUGUCACAAUUAAAUCAGAAUUUGAGGAUUUUAAAGAGAAAGGAAUAACAGAAGUACUUCCUCAACUAAUAUUCCUGGUCGGCAUUAGACACACUGAUAUAAUUGCAGCAACAUAAAUAGUGUAAUUUUUUUCAAUUUGCAAAACAAGAAAACAUAUUCCAUUAUGUGUGCCAUAAUGCCAAAUAUAGGUUUUUUUAUUUUAUUUAACUCAGACAACAUAACUGAACUAAUGGCAGAUUAAUGUGGCACACAUUUCUAGUGAAAUCUCACAUGUGAAGCCUCUUUACAGUAGUUCAUAUGCACAGGGAUAUAUGCUAUGAAUUUACAAAUGCAUCUAUAGAUACACAUGCACAAAAACCCAUGAAAGAUACAGAAUAUCAAAUAAUUUUUGUCAUAAGUAUUAUAUUUAUUCCAUGAGGUCAGGUUUUUUUGACCUCUCUCUUUAGGUUGCUCUACAACUUGUUCAGAAAAGUACAGUGGCUUAUUAAAUACAUAAGAAUUCAUAGCCUACCUUUGUUCUCAGCUGAGCUGUAAGCCACAUGAACCCCCUAGGAAGUC